CGCCCGUUAUUACCAUUUAGGGGGAGAACGGUUCUCUCUCGCUCGCGCGGCUCCGACCAUUUUGAAACGAAAACGCCCCCUGCGGAGGAGAGAUAAUGUCCGCGACCCGCGCCGCCCACGGAAAACUAGCCGUUAGGAAACACGCGUCCUACUCCUCCUCCUCCUCCUCCUCCUCCUCCUCCGCUCUGAGAUCCCAAAAACCCUAACCCUAACCCUACAUGGACGACGCGCUCUCCCCCGCGCCGUUGCCCAUCUCCAUCCCGAUCGAGAUCGUGAGCGAGGAGGAGAUGGCGUUCUUGGAGGCCGCCCUCGCCGCCGCGCUCCCUUGCGCCCUCUCCCCUUCUUCUUCUUCGCCGCGGGGGCGCCGCGCCGCGAGCUCCCUCAGCCGCUGCGCGGCGGCGCCGCCGCCGCAUUCUUCUUCGGCCGCCGACAUCGAGGACUCGUUGGCGACGUCGGCGCCGCGCAGGUCCCUCCUCCACCGGUUCCGGUCCAAGAGGGCGCUCAUGGUCACCGACGUCACCGCCGCGGAAUGGUGCGAGAAGCAAAUGGAGUUUGUCCUCCUCCAUGGAAAGCCUAGAAGAACUAAAGCUAUGAAAGCAGGUUCUGAUCGCCAUGCUCAACUUGAAAAUGAGGUAAUAGAAAAGGUGGACAUAGUUAUCAAGUCGGUCGAAGAAUCAUGGGCUGUAAAAUUUAUGAACUUCAUCAUUGGAGCAAACCAACUACUUUUCGAAGGCUUAACUCGUGAGCUUCCAGUAAUAGGAGUGGUUGAAGGCACAUGGAUGAUCGGUGUAAUUGAUGAAAUUCGAUUGCCUUUAGAUAAAGCUAUUCCAAACCCUAUUAUAGUGGACACGAAGACACGCCAUAAGGCAACUCUUCCUUCGGAAGCACAAAAGAGAAAUGCAAGGCUUCAGUUGAUGUGCUACAAGUAUUUAUGGGACAGUUUGACUGCUGAGCAGUUCUCUACUUACGAUUUCUUCAGUUAUUUUAACUUAAAUCCCCAAUAUAAUCUAUCUGGCAUUGUCAAGGAGUACAUUAGUUCAUUGGGUUUCCACGUGAAGAUUAUUGGCAAUCCAUACAACUGUUGGCUUAUUUGGCAUGAAAAAACAACACAUUAUGAGACGCUUUUCAGAUCCGGAGAUGGAGCAUCACAAGCUACCGAACAAAGACGACAAUGUAGAAUUCAUCUGCCAUCGCAUUUAAUAACAUGGAAUUUGAGUUCAGGAAAAAAAGGGAAAAAAAAAAGUGAAAAAUGGAAGCAUAGCCAAAUAAGUUAUUAUAUUCUCAAUAUAGCUAUGACAUUAAGUAUCAAAAUGUUCCAUCUGCAGACACUUGAAGACGUCUUUACAUAUUUUAGGGAAACCUGUUGUUUGCUUCCACCAUCUCAGGAACAGCUUCUCUUGAGAUAUGAAUUGCAAUCGGAUAACUCAUUGCUUGAAGAAUAUUUUUUCUCCUACGAUCCCAUCUGGUUCAAGGAUCAGGUCCAAGAAUGCUUAAAAUUUUGGCUUGGGGAGAGGGAAGCUAAGUUUGUGUCGGAGGAUGAGAAGUGGAAAUGCCACUUUUGCAAAUUUACUUCCACUUGUCCUAUGACAGCUAUUCCGGAAAAGUAACAGAAUAACUAGUAAGAGUGUAUAUGACUGAGUCAUCCUACAAAAUUACUAGACCUCCACUCUGAAGUACAAACUCAGUGCUUGGAGAUUAAGCUCAGAAGUAAAAUGCUUGAUAGCGAACCUCACUCCGAGUCUGGUGAUUUUUUUCUUCCUAACUUAAAUCCUGUUGCUUGCUGUUCUUCCUGUGUUUGCUAGUCUAAGGUUAUGCCAUAAAAUUCUUGGAAAUUUAGUUAUGAUUUAAUUCUUUCCACUGAGAGUUUUACCAAAUUUUGUUGAUUGUAUUCUUUAUAAUGUAAGAAGGGAAAUUGUUGCAAUGCUUGAUGUUACAUUGUACCUUGUAAAUUGUAUCAGGGAGAUGUUUCUAAGAUGAAAUCAAUCAACAAUAUUUGCAUAAAA